AUGAGUUGGCCAAGGAAAUUAGUAGCGUUCGUGACUUUCUUAUCAAUGGGAGUGAUAUUCUCGCCGGAGAGCUUUGGAUCGAAAUCGGACGGUCAGAUUUCGACGAAGCUUGCUCCCUACCUCAAACUGACAUAUCUUCUCAGCUUCUCCACCGCCUUUGGCACCGCUCUCUGGGUCACCUUCCCUGCAGUCUUCGUCUUGUUCCUGAAUCUUCCAAGGCAUCUGUUUGGAAAUCUGCGAAGCAAGUUGUUUCCCGCGAGUUUCAUUCUGGUUGGGAUCUGCUGUGCAAUAUCAGCAGGCUCGUUUGCGUAUCUGCAUCCAUGGAAGUCGUCGUCUCCAGCUGAGAAGUACCAACUUGGGCUCUUGCUGUCUUCGUUGGCAUUCAAUCUCUCCAAUUUGUUUGUCUUUGCGCCCAUGACCAUCGAGAUGAUGAAGCAGAGGCAUAAAGUGGAGAGAGAAUUGAGUAUUGGGGAAGAAAUUGGGCUGUCAAAGAACAUGGAAGUUGCAAAGGUGAAUACAAAGCUUGCAGCCAUGAACAGGAAAUUUAGGAGUAUUCAUGGGGUAGCAGCCCUGGCUCAAAUCUUCUUCUUUGCCACCCUAAUUAUGCAUUCAUGGUACUUGGCUGGAAAAAUCAAUUUGUAG